CAAACCAUUACAUACAGCAUUGAGGUUUCGCGCGGCACUCCGCGAUGGAUGAUAAGCUCCAGAAAGACUCAACUACCUACUCCAAAUGAUACAAGUCAGAUCCAUGGAUUCUUCUCAGAUAUUAGAGUAGUCCUGUCCCAUGUGUAAACUACAGUAACCUUAUAGAAUCCAAUACCGGUAUCCACCCACCUACAUACAAUGGCGUCUCCAACAAUUCUACCGCCUAUCUCCUCGCUAACUACUGCCGAUGAGGAAACCAUCAAGUUCGCUCUCGAUAUUCUCUUCGAGCCAUCCACAGAUCUUCACGACCUAGCGAUCCCGCCAAUUCGUGAUAGCCCUUCAUUUACCUCGUACGUGUCUCUCAUCAAGCAUGUUGGGGCUAUCAUGUCACAGCUCGCACAAUCUUCGAGCCUAGAUACACGGAAGAGACUACACGGAAUUCUUGGAUCGCAUCCACGAUUAGGCGAAAAGAAAGUCGAGAGCGCCCAGAGUCGGGCUGAACAGGCACAUCUCAACACGAACAAUUCCAAGGAGAAAGAAGAAGAGGCCACAAAGCUGAAAGCCCUAAAUGAUGAAUACGAAUCCAAGUUUCCUGGGCUGCGGUACGUCGUGUUUGUGAAUGGUCGGAGUCGAGUAGUUGUUAUGCAAAAUAUGCGAGAACGUAUCGACCGCGCGGAUAUUCGGGCCGAAGAACUAGAAGCUAUUCAGGCGAUGGUUGACAUUGCUCUAGAUCGAGCGAACAAAUUGCAGGGCACUAUCUAACGUACUGUCUGGCUCUAUUGGGGGUUAUAUUUCUCCUAGAUAUCUGUUCUACUAAGGGUGGGUGAGAUUCAUAAUUAUUAUCUCUGCAUUUGGCA